UCUCAACAACUCGUCCCGGCUGUGUUCGGUUCCUUAAGAUACGCCAAAAGCGCGUCAGGAAACAACUCGGAAACUCGGUCUACGUUGGUCAAGUCUUCGGAAGCCGCCAGAUCGAGACAUGCGAUCUCGAAGAAGCUUAAACGUCAUCCGGCCGCGGGGACCCAACAAAUGCAGCGCGUCGAACUACCCCUCAUCGCGUUGAGAGCAUUAAGUUUCUCCGUUCAGAUGCCGCUGCCAUGUUCAGUUGCCGAGAUAACAACGUGUACUCUGCUCUCCUAGCACCCUCUUUCCUUUGAAUCCACACAGUGACUAGAUUUUGAGUUGAGCAAUACUGUUGAAUCGUAAGAGCGGCAAGAAAAGCAACAUCAUGGCACCAGCAGAGGUUUUGAUGGUGGGGACUGGAGAGUACACGACAGGCUUCGUUGGAGGCGGCGCGUCCAAGUCGGAUAAGAAGGUGGGAGUCGUGGGCCUGACCCUCUUCGAUCUGCGCAGACGCGGGAAGGUUGGCAAGCUGUCCAUGGUCGGUGUAUCUGGAGGGAAAUUUCCAGCGAUUCGUGAACACCUCCAGAAGAACAUCUCGGAAGCGUACAACGGACUGGAUGUGUCUUUCGACGAAUUUCCCAAGGAGGGAAAGACUGACCCAGAUGCGUACAAGACAGCCAUUGACGCUCUUCCUAAAGGCAGUGCAAUCACCAUUUUCACGCCCGACACCACUCACUACCCAAUUGCCAUGUAUGCAGUUGAGCGAGGAAUUCACGUGCUCAUCACAAAGCCAGCAGUCAAGCUGCUCGAACACCAUCAGGAGCUUCUUGCAGCUGCAAAGAAGUAUAACGUGUUCGUUUACAUAGAGCAUCACAAGCGAUAUGAUCCUGCAUACGCAGAUGCGAGGUUCAGGGCCCAGAAGUUGGGAGAUUUUAACUACUUCUACUCCUACAUGAGUCAGCCAAAGAGCCAGCUGGAGACUUUCAAGGCCUGGGCUGGCAAGGACAGCGAUAUCUCGUACUAUCUCAAUUCCCAUCACAUCGACGUCAACGAGUCCAUGGUUCCCGACUACAAACCAGUGCGUGUCAUGGGAAGUGCUGCGAAGGGCAUUGCGACCGAUCUUGGAUGUGAUCCUGCGACCGAAGACACAAUUACCCUACUCGUCGAUUGGGUAAAGAAGAGCGACCCAAGCAGGCGGGCGACUGGUGUUUACACAGCUGGCUGGGCAGCGCCACAGAAAGCUGGUGUCCAUUCGAACCAGUACUUCCACUACAUGGCUGCCACAGGAGAAAUUCGUGUCAACCAGGCUAAGCGAGGUUACGACGUCACUGACGACGAGGGUGGUCUGCUUUGGUACAACCCAUUCUACAUGAAGUACGCCCCUGACGAGGAGGGUAACUUUGCAGGUCAGAUCGGUUACGGAUACAUUUCCUUCGAGAAGUUUAUUGACGCUGUCAAUGCUUUGAAUGACGGCAAGGUCACACUCGAACAGCUCGAUGCUAGGCCACUGCCAACGCUCAAGAACACCAUCGCAACAACGGCUAUUCUUGAAGGAGGCCGAAGAUCGCUGGACGAGAACCGGCCUAUUGAAAUCAUCGAGGAGAAUGGUGUUUGGUCUCUAAAGUAAAAAGAACAAACAAUCAAAUAUCAUCAAUGAAGCACCAUCUACAUAUUUAUGUUGCUAACCAUCACGUCACAGAUCGUCGUCAUCGCAAAGUUCAU